AAAGCGUUAAAUACAUGUUUAUUGUGACUUUUCGUACAGUAGGGGGCGGUGUUGUGGGAGACCAGCAGCUCAUUUGUCAACACAUGAAGAGCGAAUGUUCCAAGUGACGUCAUAAAAGAAAGAUGGCGGCCCGCACACGGCUGCCCUUGCUGCUGCAUAAAAAACUCCCUCAGCUUAGAAACCAAAGGCUUUCCCACGCUGAAGCUGCAGUAAAGGAGCCCUCGUACCCUCCCGUAGUCCCCUCCCUCACGGCUAAAAGCAAGGCCGCCUUGUUGCAACAGGUGGACGGCCAGGUGAGGAGGAUCUGCGCCUCCCCCGUCCAGGAGAAGAUCUCCCUCAUCACUCGCAUCCAGCGGCAGAAAUUUGUGGUUUAUCCGCAGACUUUUGCACGAAAUGCAGACACGUGGUACCAGCACUUCACCAAGACCGCAUACAUCCCUGGUCUGCCCGAGAAGUUCACCCUGGAGGAGAAGACCGAGGAUGUGGAGGAGGGCUCCCCGCCGGCUGCAGCUCAAACCUCGGUUCCAGGUGUUGCAGGUGAUGCGUUCGCGGACGUCCGUUCUUUGGUCACUCGUGUGAUUUUGCAGGAGCACUGGCACACGAAGAAACGCAAACCUUUCCUGUACAGAGAGCAGGAGCUGAUGGUUGCACCUUUUCUGAGAAGCCUGGCAACUGAACUCACCCACAGUCUGGCUAAAUACAACCCACUGCUGCGCCUCUCCAGUCUGGAUAUUGCUCCCCAGGUAAACUUUUAUUGGAGGAGAGGACAGAGAAUCAUCCCAAAGGGGCACCGGAAAGGCCGGCAAGAGCCAAUCAGGUUCCAGAUCGAUGACCAACCGAACAGUCAGAUCAGGAUAACUCAACAACUUCCACAGUUUACCCCGCUGGAGGCUUCUUAUGCAGCCGAAGUUCCAGAAGUCACGUUUGCUCCGAACUUGAUGCCUAUGUUCAAAAGGCAGUAUGAGAACAACAUCUUUACAGGUGCCAAGGUACCAGACCCGGCCUGCUACGGUCACACUCAGUUCCACCUGGUGCCCGACCGGUACCACAGAGACCGGAUGGCUCAGAAGCAGCAGUCCGAUCAGGUGGAGGUCUUCCUCAGAGCCAAUGGACUCGCCAGCCUCUUCGCCUGGACAGGAGCUCAGGCCAUGUACCAGGGUUUCUGGAACCACGAGGACGUCACCAGGCCUUUCGUGUCCCAGGCUGUGAUCACGGACGGACAGUUCUUCUCCUUCUUCUGCUACCAGCUCAACACAGUGGCCCUCUCCGUGGAGACGGACGCCAACAACCCCAGGAAAAACCUCCUGUGGGGCACCGAGAGCCUGCGACUGUACGAGAGCGUGCAGGACGGAGAGGUGGUCGGUCUGGACGACGGCGUCGUUAAGCUCCUGGUCCAGUUCCUCAUGAACCAGCCCUAGAAGAAAAAAAACCUCUCAGCGGAGAUUCUGGACCUCCAAGGUGUUGAAGGAUGCAAUAAAUCCAGAUCUUUUAAAGAGCCCAACGUGGAGGACAUGAGGAAGUGUGUCAGAUUGUAUAAAAUGUAAUGUUCCAAAAUGCCGAAACAUUAGCAUCAAGCUGUGUUAAACAGGCUUAUGAGUAUAAAAACUGAACUAUGAGUAUUAUAAAUGUGCAGACUGUUGCCUAUUUAUGCAAAAAUAAAACAAUGCUUUUCAAA